AUCAUAUAGAUGAUCAUAAAACAAGUCUAGAAGGUUUAAUUGACUAUUUUGAUCAAUUUAUAGAAUGCUUUCAAGAUCAUACUAUAAGUGCAAAUUAUCUUUCUACUGGUGCUGUUUUAAUCGAAUAUAAUAAAAACCUUUGUCAUAAUAAAUCAAAAGAGGGGACUGAAUAUAUUAUUCCAUUAAAUACAAAUUAUCAUGAAUAG